ACAUCGAUGACAUCGCUGUUGCCAUCAAAGUAUGUCCAUAUCUAAUAUAUAGUUCCAUUCUGUUAUAUUGGAUUGAGUAAAGUUAGACAAAAUGCAAGGUCUUGGUCUGCAAAGUCUUAAAAAAAAUCCAGCUUUAAUUCCACUUUAUGUGUGCGUUGGAGCGGGAGCUAUUGGAGCCGUCUACUAUAUGGCUCGACUUGCAACUCGUAAUCCCGAUGUCACUUGGAAUCGCACAUCAAAUCCCGAACCAUGGCAAGAGUACAAAGAAAAGCAAUACAAGUUUUAUUCGCCUGUGAGGGAUUAUUCUAAAACUAAGAGUGCUGCCCCAAACUUUGAAGAAUAAAUUACAUUUCUCUAGCAGCUGCAAUUUAAAAAUGUAAAAUGAAAUAACUUCAAAUUAUAAAUAAACAUAGUGGAUUUUGAAAGCGUA